UCUUCGUGUCAUCGGUCAAACGCUCUCAUUUGUCAUCUCAAGAUCAUGAGCUCUAUCCCGACUCAAGGAAAUUAAGCACACACAUCGUUGCCGACUCUCCAAGCAGUUUCAGAGCGCAAGAAAUGGACGGCUUCGAUCCAAUCCCAGACUCGCUGGUCCUCCUCAUCUUCAACUUCGUCUCCGACGUGAAGACCCUGAUUCGCUGCCGGGCCGUCUCCAAGCGAUUCAACUCGCUCGUCUCUCAAGCCGAAUCGCUACUCCUGAAAGUCGACUGUCUCAUCUCUCCCGAGUCCAGCGACGCCGACUCGUCCCCCCUCACCUUCCUCUCCUCGUUCCUCAAGAACUUGCUGCACAGCCUCGUGUCGCCCAAGCCCCACCCGACCCGGACCCACCGCUCCCUCCAAAACUCGCCCGCCCAAAUCCUGCGCGGCUUCCAGGCCAUCCGAGACCUGGAAAUCGAGCUGCCCUCUGGCAAUCUGAAGCUGGAGAAAAACACAGCCGUCAAGUGGAGAGCGGAGUUCGGGAAAAACCUGAGGAGCUGCGUGAUAUUCGGGUUCCGCGAACUCCGAAGCUCGCCGCCGUCGCAGAUUCCGGCGGACUUCGGCGAGGUGGGCUUCGCGGGAGGGCUGAAGCUGAGGGUGGUGUGGACGAUAAGCGCGCUGGUGGAGGCUUCGUCGAGGCACUAUCUGCUGAGGGAGGUGGUGAAGGAGCAAACGCAGCUGGAGAGGCUGGUUCUGAGGGACAAGGACGGGGAGGGAACGGUGGUGAUGGACAAAGACGGCCUCAGGGAGUUCAGGGAGGACACGGCGGAGUUGCAGGUUAGCGACGACCUAAGCGUUGUGAUCGGAGGCGAGGGUGGUCAGGGUCAGGGUCAGGGUCAGGGUCAGGGGGUGUGGGAGAGGAAGAUGGGCGGUAGGACGACGGUGCCGAGCGUGAGGCUGAGAAUGAGGCACGUGCUGAAGCUGGAGGUGGAGGGAGGGGGUGCGUGGAUGAGCGGUGCGACACUUGUGAUCGUGAAGCCCACGAGUUCAAGUACGAGCGACGAUAGGGGGCCCCAGCAGCAAGCGAUGGAGGCUGACGUGGAGGGGGACGAGGAGAAGGACGCUGAGUUGGCAUUGGAGGCUUUCGGGGGAGGCGUGUACGGGGAGGCGGUUCGAGCCCUGGUGAAGACUCGUGGCUACCUGUUGGAAAUGAACUCCUUUUAAUUUUAGUUUUACCAUAAAAGUGGUUAAAUGAACCGGUUUUGGGUAUGUCUAAUUGGCCUUUGCUUUCCUUUAUCUAAGACUAAAAGGUUGUAAAUAAACGCCUUUUUUUUUUC